AUGCAACAAAACUUGGACAAGGUGGCUGCAUUGGAAGUUGAGAACAAUGCGAUCCGGAUGGAAAACGUCAGGUCAGGAAACCAAUCCCUUAAGGAGAAGUUCGCCAGUAGCAAGAAACUAGAGAAACUGUCGACCAAUCUAUACCGAAUAUACCAGAGUAGGGGAGAGCCAUUGAGAGAAUAUGUUAGCAGAUUCAAUAGAGAAAAGAUCUCUAUCCCCUCAUGUAACCCCGAGACUGCUGUGGACGCUUUCAGGAAAGGCCUCCUCCCGGACAGAGAACUAUACAAAGAACUUACGAAGCUGGCUUGCACCACAAUGGAAGACGCUCUCGCCCGGGCAGUUAUCCAGAUAAGAUGGGAGGAAGAUAAGAUGAACCGAGCGGCUCAUUCUAGAUAUGAAUCAAGGCGGAGUGACAGGAAGCCAAAGCCUGGACCGGUAGAGCACUGCCACCAACCUCCAGCACGCAAUAUGGGCAGAGUCAUGAAACCUUAUGAUCACCAACCCGCGAGAAAUGAUAACAGGCAGUUCGGAUCGAACCGACACAAAAUACCAGAGUACAACCUCAACGUCAAACCAACCCAGGUCGUAGCAAUAAUGAAAGGAUUGGGAUCCACCGUCAAGUGGCCUGGCAAGCUUAAUCCCGAGGCAAGGAGAGACAUAACCAAGUGGUGUGAAUUCCACAGCGACCAUAGGCACAACACUGCCGACUGUAUUGCCUUAUUGCUUGAGGUUGCCACACUUCUAAAAAGGGGACAUCUCUGUGAUCUGCUUACUGACAAGGGGAAGAACACCAUUAACCAGAAAAGCUCUGAAGAACCGUCACCCCCUCCGCGGGAACACACGUCGAAAAGUUUCUAUUCGCUCAUCUCUGGAGGAUCAGAGAUCAGUGGGGUAAGUUACUCAUCGGCCAAGCGAUAUGCUAGAGCCAACCACCACCAUGAAGUCCAGUCCAUCCAUCCGGUCUCGCAGUCACACUCUCAUCAGGUAAUUCAGUUUGAAGAUGACGAACCGGUCACCUUGGCCGCUUCUCAUCACGAUGCUUUAGUCGUCUCCCUACAGAUUGCCAACAUCCUAGUGAAAAGGGUGUUCGUAGAUGGAGGUUCGUUAGCAAACAUCCUGUUCCUCGAAGCAGUAAAGGCAAUGGGACUAGAAGAAGCAAACAUCAACAGACGGCCGACACUGCUGGUUGGGUUCAGCUCGGAGCAGAAAUACACUAUCGGAGAGAUCGUCCUUCCUAUCUACACCGGCGGAGUGAACAAACAGACCGUCUUCCUGGUGAUCGACUGCCCAUCUCCCUACAACGUCAUUUUGGGUCAGCCCUGGAUCCACGACAUGCGGGCAGUCCCAUCUACCUUCCACCAGGCGAUCAGGUUUUCAACCAAGUGGGGGGGUACGAGAGAUCAAGGGCGACCCCAAAGCUUCCAGAGACUGAUACAAGAACUCCUUCAAGAGCAAAGGAAACUCUUCAUAGCAAUUACAGUCUCAUCCAACCCCUCGGACCGAGCCUGA